GGCCGCUGGUGGUAGUAUGUUAUGGUGGAAAGUGACACGACAUCCCGCACGGCUCGGAUAGUUUUGUUUCGGUGUUCACUAUGUGGUUUCACCAAUGAAAAUUUAAAAGCUGAAAGCUCGGGUCAAUGCACGCAGUGACGUGUCGUCUCGAAUAUUUUUCGAACGGUAGCCGGCAUUCUAAUUUUUUCGUGAGUACUUUUAAUGCUCUGUCGGCAAGACGAUCCAUUUUGUAGUUGAAUUUUAUAGUUGGGACUCUUAACUUUCGUCUCCAAAAACGCAAUUUUAAAAUCAUGGAUUCCUCAGUCACGACACCGGUAUUCAGGCGCCGCUAUCUUUGUUCUUUUAUCCUGGUUCUUAAAUACCUAUAAACGGCAAAGCACACUCGUAACUCCUGUAGUAGCCAAGGUCCAUAAACAUAAGGUCGGGACACCAAUGUUCCCUAUAGAGCCGCUAUUUUCGAUCCGCAGUUCCAAGGUUACGAUAUAGAUUUCGUGCUAUCUACGAGUUUGAGCCACAGAAUUCCGUUUAUAAUUUUAAAUAGAGUAUGUUUUUCAUUUAGAAGUUACUCUUGACACAUAAUUAAAGACUUUAAAUUUUUACGAAACACGACUUGGAAUAACAGAUGGCGCUGCGCGCAAACUUGGGAAUUUCGAGUAGUUCGUUACUUUUUACGAAGGAAACGGUGGUUUCGCCGGUAUGAAGUCGAAAGUCGUAGGUUUAUGCAUAAGUUCGGCCGUCGGAUGGAGUUUGGGAAUACAGUUCGAGAAAUGGAGGACGUCUACCGUACGGGCUAAGACUUUAAUAGAAGACCAAGCGGAUUCCGCACCGAUAUUACCGCCGAAUAGAAUCGGACAGAUCGCUAGAUACGGAUUUCCCGGAACCGGAAACGUAAGGGCUUUGGACGAUUUCCUUCUGUCCUACGACUUCAGAAAUCGAAUAGCUUACUGGACUCUGGAGCAUUUAACUUACGACAGACUUCAUCCCAAUUACAAAGUAGACAGAAGUAAAUGCGAAUUCGUCCAAGACGAAUCCAUCCACGCUCUCUUCCGAUCCACUAACGACGACUUCAAACGUAGCGGUUACGACAGAGGACAUUUGGCUGCCGCCGGUAACCAUCGAAUGAGUCAGAAGCACGUGGAACAGACGUUUUUUCUCAGUAACAUCGCUCCUCAGGUGAGUUAUUAAUUUAAGGGCUCGUUCGCAUUAGUCAAGUAACCUGAAACCACUUGACCUCUUUGAACCUUUUGCGUUUCGAGUCAAAUAACAACUUGAAUGGUGUGAGUCUUACUUGUUUACUGCUAGUUAAUUAAUUAAAGGGGCCUGCUUUUGAUUUUGAAAAGUUUAUUACCUUGACGAGACACGAGUGAUAAGAGUAAUGAAAAGAUAAGUAAAUUUUUCGAAAUCACGAAAAAUACGAUGUUUGCUGGA